CGGCGAAAUCCCUGCCGGAUCCUGGCAGAUUUGAGUGGGAAUCAUGCCGUCUUCUGGUGUUAUCCGGUGCCGGUUCCGACGGAUCCCGACUGAAUCCGGAGGCAGGAUGGAGUGACUUGGGUAAAUGUAAAUAAUAAUUCAUUAACUUUAUCAACAUCGAAUGCAACUAAUAAUUCACUUACUUUAUCAACAUCGAAUGCAACUAAUAAUUCAUUAACUUUAUCAACAUCGAGUGCAAAUAAUAAUUCAUUGAUCUUAUCAGCAUCGAAUACAAAUGACAAUUUAUUGGUUCCGUCACAAUCAACAGAAAACAAUCGUUCAUUAGACGCUAUUGAAACAAUAGUAAAGAAAUAUUUUUCUCAAUCGUCAACAAAAUGUACAAAAGGGAAGAAGCGUGUGGUUUCAGGAGCAAACGGUAGAAGUGUAACAGACCUUGACGAGUUUGCAUUGACAACAAUUAAAAAGAAAAAAACUACUGAAGCUAAACUUACCAAGAAAAAUAAUUCGAAGAAAACGAACGCUACACAGAAACAAAAUGUAAGAUCAACUACAGAUAUUUAUAAUGCUAAUGGAACAAAUAUAACAGAUUCAACAAACGCAACAAAUGUGACACCUGAUGGUAUUCAUAAUGGUUCAUUACCACCUAUUACUUAUAUGUUACCAUCUAAUACUUCUCAAAUGAUCUCAACAUAUUCAUCAAAUUUUGGAUCAUAUACUCCUUUACAUAAUUUAUCGACAAUGCCUCCUACACAAUGUCAGUUAUGUUUUCAUUUCAUAAAACCAUUAGAAAUGACUAGUAACUGCAACCAAUGCCAUAGAAUUCUUUGUUGGGAAUGUAGCAGCAAAAUCGACAGAACCCAUCAACUUUGUCAAUCAUGCCGAACGUAUUAUACAAAUCAACAACAAACUUAUUUUAAUUAUAAUCCAUAG